AUGGUCCCAUGGGCGGACGGAUGGAGUAGUGCAACAUGUAUCGAUAAAGAGCUGCACCGGUCUUUGCGGAGCACUUUGCUGCUGGGAUUUAAUGCAACCUCACUGAAAAAAUUUGAGCCGGCUAUUUUGAAACACCUCGACAUAUUAAUGGACAAGAUGCUUCAAGGGAGCAAGAAUCAAGGCAAAUGGGGCCCAGCAAUGGAUAUGAAUGGCUGGAAUCAAUGGUUUGCCCUGGACAUGAUCACGGAUUUUGGUUUUGGUGCACCCUCAAGUCUAUUGACCAAUUCUGCUGACCGUUAUGUUCUCGACGUGUUACACCUGGCAGUAAAGAACUUGGGAGUGAUCGAACAAUGGCCAGGCUUAAGCUAUAUUGGACUCGGACAUAUCGCCUAUUAUGUAGAAGCACUUUGCUCCUUCUCCAAGGUGUUUUCCUUGCCGAUCGGCAAAUUCGUCCAGUGGCAUCAGGACUUCACCCACCGCGCUAUAAUGAACAACGCUGACACAGUGAGCGGUGUCCUCGGAUAUGUGAUCCAGAGCGGGGAAGGAAAAUUAGGAAAGAAAGGCCAUAAUAAAUCACAAAUGCUCGCCGAAGGCUCUUUUGUCACUUUUACUGCAGCAGAUGGUAUUGGCACGACGUUGUCUGCUGUCAUGUAUUAUCUGGCCCAUAAUCCUCGGGUGUAUGAAAAGCUGGCGAAAGAACUCCGCACUAAAUUCAGCAGGGAUAGCGAAAACAAGCAGCCCAGACCUGAAUCCAUCACUUGGGGCCCUGAAUUAUCAUCCUGCAAAUACCUCCAAGCCUGUCUCAACGAAGCCUGGAGACUGGUUCCUCCAGCAUGUGGCGUGCAUUGGCGUGAGUGUGAGCGUUCUGGGGUUGCCAUUGGAAGCGACGAGAUGCCUUUUGGGAGCGAUGUUGGGAUGAGUUUGUUCACCAUCUUCCGCAGCACAGAUUACUUCCGGGAUGCGCAUGAUUUCUGGCCUGAACGCUGGAUCAAGGGGUUCCUACCAGAUGCAGAAUAUCAACUGACUAGGCAGGUUUUUCACCCAUUCUCUUUGGGCUCAAGAUCAUGCGCAGGUUCCCAUGUGGCGGUGAUGAUAGCCACUGUGGUGCUGGCAAAUGUUAUUGUGAAGUAUGAUUUCAGGCCUUCCAUGUUGUCAGAAGCUAGUCUUUUAGGACUACCGGAUCAAAAGCUCGAUCAGGAACGCCACUUGCAGUCCUGUGAUUCACUACCAUUGGAGUUUGAGAGCCACUUCACCUUGCCGAUUUGGAAAGAGGGGCCAAUAUUGCAGUUUAGAGAGCGAUCAACCAUGUUUGAUGCGGACACAGCCAAUAGUAGAUAG